CGCUAACUCCUUAAAAGAGUACUCGACCUUACUUGCCAGUCUAUCCUCAAGACCAUUCAUGAAUGACAAUAGCAAGAAUUUAUGGAAUAUACAAAACAUUGUUGACAACACAUACCUAUAAGGUACAAGCCGUGCAAACAGGAAUUCUCCUUGGUAUGGGAGAUUUAAUAUCCCAAUCUCUUAUUGAACCGAAUGAGACCCCAAUUGAUUAUAGAAGAACUCUGAGGUUUGUAGUAAUUGGUACAGUUAUAGGCCCAACAAUACAUAAGUGGUACACAAUUAUAGAUAAAGUCGUAGGAAAACAACAAGAUUUCAAGACUGUAAUAAAGAAAACAACUUUAGACCAAUUGGCAAUGGCGCCUGCGAUGCUAGGUGCUUUUUUAACCAGCAUAACAUUAAUGGAAGGUGGUGGUAUUGAAGAUAUCCGUAAUCGUUUUAAAAAAGAUUAUUUUGCUAUAUUGACAAACAACUACAAAGUCUGGCCAGCCGUGCAGUUGAUAACUUUCCGUUUGCCUGUCGAUUUCAGAGUUCUGUUUGUGCAAAUUGUUGCUCUAGGAUGGAACACAUACCUAGCAUGGAGAAUUAACUACUGUAAUAAAAAAAACAAACAAUAAUGUUUAACAUUUGUAUGCUAUUAAUGAAGUAUUGUCUAAUUAAG